AUGGCUCCCAACUCGGCAGCCAAGAAGCGUUCCAGAGACGACGAUUUCGUGCUGACGCUCUCUGACGACGAGAACGACACCUUCGGAAAGACCACGGAAGAUGGCGACGAGGACGAAGAAGACUCGGCUCUAGCGAGCGCGAAGAAGCGCAAGAGAGACACGCCGGAGGCUGCGGCCGGAAAGAACAAGAAGCAGAAACAACAGCAACAGCAGAAGAAAACGAAGAACGGCAAGUCAAAAAAGGACGAGAAACUGGCCGAGGAAUCUGCCGAGGAGGAGGACAAUGAAGACGAGGAAGAGCAUGCUGGCGAUGACGACGGCGCUCUGAACCCCGAUUUCGAGUUCGACUUCGGCGGUAUUGCGAAUACGGUUACCGAGGGCUUCGAUGGAUGGGGUGCCGAUGAUAACGACAAGGCCAAGAAGGGAGACAAGGCGGGGGUGGACAUUGAUGAUAUUAUCUCGCGGCGAAAGGCGAAGAAGGAGGCUCAGGCGCAAAAGAAAAAGAAGAAGGAGGAGCCUGAGAGCGAAAGCGUAGCCGACGACGACGAGUCGGACGGGGGCAUGGAUGUCGAUUUCAAGGACGACGAGCUGCUUGCUGACGACGGUUUCGGUAUGGGAGCCGAUGGUGAGGCUGAGUCCGAGGAGGAGAAGGAAUCUGGCGACGAGGAGAAGAGCGAGGGUGAGAGCGAGGAUGAUGAAGACGAUUCCGAUGACGAUGCCGCUUCCGAUAACGACUCCGUUGCAACGCCCGUCAACCACCCCGAUGACAAUGCCUCCGAUAUUGGAUCCGAUGCCGAGAGUGAGGUUGAUGCCGAAGAAGAGGAGAAGCGCAAGGCCUUUUUCGCGCCGGAAGAAAAGACAAACGAACAGUCUUCGGCAGACCUGGCGAAGAUGUCGUUCCAAGAGUUCAACCUCUCCCGACCAAUCCUGCGUGGUCUGGCCGGCGUUAACUUCACCAACCCGACUCCCAUCCAGCGCAAGACUAUUCCGAUGGCUCUACUGGGCAAAGACAUUGUUGGUAGUGCCGUUACCGGUUCCGGUAAGACCGCUGCCUUCGUUGUCCCCAUCCUGGAGCGUCUGCUCUUCCGUCCGCGCAAGGUUGCCACCAGUCGCGUUGCGAUUCUGAUGCCUACUCGUGAAUUGGCUGUCCAAUGUUACAAUGUGGCCACGAAAUUGGCUACCUACACCGAUAUCACCUUCUGUCAGUUGGUUGGUGGUUUCAGUCUGCGCGAGCAAGAGAACAUCCUGAAGAAGCGACCCGACGUGAUCAUCGCUACCCCCGGUCGUUUCAUCGAUCACAUGCGCAACUCGGCCAGCUUUACCGUUGAUACCCUUGAGAUUCUGGUUCUGGAUGAAGCCGAUCGGAUGUUGGAAGACGGUUUCGCCGAUGAACUGAACGAGAUCUUGACGACCAUCCCCAAGUCCCGACAGACCAUGCUGUUCUCAGCCACGAUGACGGACACGGUCGACAAACUUAUUCGGGUCGGACUUAACCGACCCGUGCGACUGAUGGCCGACUCCAAGAAGAACACCUCGGCCAACCUGAUUCAAGAAUUCGUUCGACUACGACCCGGACGGGAGGACAAGCGACUGGGAUACUUGCUCUAUCUGUGCAAGGAGAUCUACACGGGGCGAGUUAUUGUGUUCUUCCGACAGAAGCGCGAGGCUCAUCGCGUGCGCAUCGUCUUUGGACUAUUGGGUCUUAAAGCGGCCGAGCUCCACGGUAGCAUGAGCCAAGAACAGCGUAUUAAAAGUGUGGAGAACUUCCGUGACGGCAAGGUGGCCUUCCUGCUGGCAACCGACCUGGCGUCACGUGGUCUAGAUAUCAAAGGAGUCGAGACGGUCAUCAACUACGAGGCGCCUCAGAGCCACGAGAUCUACCUGCAUCGAGUGGGACGAACGGCCCGUGCCGGCCGCUCUGGUCGUGCCUGCACGAUUGCCGCCGAACCGGACCGCAAGGUGGUGAAGGCGGCCGUCAGGGCUAGCAAGUCGCAAGGGGCCAAGGUGGCCAGCCGCGUAAUCGAGCCGGCCGUUGCCGACGACUGGGCGGCGCAGGCCCAGGGAUUGGAGGAGGAGAUCGAGGCCGUGCUUAACGAGGAGAAGAUCGAGAAGCAGAUGUCCCAGGCGGAGAUGCAGCUGAACAAGGGUGAGAAUCUGAUGAAACACGAGGCGGAGAUCAUGUCCCGGCCCAAACGAACCUGGUUCGAGAGCGAGAAGGACAAACGCGCCGCGCGCAAGCUGGGUGCGACGCAACUCAACGGACCGGACGCGGGCAGCAAGAAGGACAAGAAGAAGCUGAGCAACAAGGACAAGAAGAAGCUGGAUGACUCCCGGCAGCGCCAGGAAGGCAAUAUCGGGUGGAAGAAGGGCAAGGGCGACCGAGAGGCUCCUAAGUCGAAUGCGAAGGGAAAUAAGAAGAAGGGAAAGAAAUAA